UACGGUCUGUAUCCGUGGUAUCUAGGUAACUAGAUAAUUAGUCUUCAAUUGAAAGUACAGUUUACAUUCAAAUGAAAUUCGAUUAAACCAAAAAUUCAAAUAGGUACCUUGGGUUAUUAAUAAAUUUCGAUUUCAUCCCGAAAUCAAAUAUAUCUAGUCCUGUGGAUCGGGGAAUACAUUUUAUUUACAGGCAGUUAUAAGUAAGAAUUAAUUUUUAGUAUAGGUAAAUUGGUAAUCAUAUGUGCCAAACAAAUAUUUUGAAAUAAGUAAACAGACAUAGGUAUAUUAUGGUCAAUGAACUCGUUCGCCGAUAAUUAUCGAUCAAUAUAAAAUAUAAUACCCAUAGGCACGUAAUGUAAACCAUGCAAUUUAUAAAGAGCAUAUCUAUAUGAACUUUAUAAUAUUAUGUAACAAAUAGUGGCAGGAUACAUCAAUCCUUACAUAAUUUGAUGCGUAACCUACGUGUUUGACGUAGGUAUUAAUUUUAUUGAAAAAAGUAUUGUAUUACUCCGGUGCUUUUGCUAUAAGUUUUUUCCUAGUGGGUUUCCGCCGCACAUAACGAACUUAGCCGUUAAAACGAAUCGACGUUUGAAUUUCAUCUAUACCUACCUUGAUCUACCUACUUACCUUAAAAAUUAAUUAUUGUAUAAAAAAAUUAUCGAAUUUUUCCGGUGAAUCGUUACACAAUUAUGAGUUACAUCAACGAACAGCAAAACAAGUAAGUGUUACCGAAUUUGAUUUAAUAAUUAGAUAGGCAUCACUUACCUACCUUAUAUACAAUAUAAGAAUAUUGAUAUAAGUACCUAUAUAAAAUAGUAUAUUAUAUUAUAAUAUAUAAAUAUAUUUAGUAGUCUGUUUUGAUUUUUAAACUUUUUUUUCGAUAUAAGACUGAAAAUUGCUGUUUCGCAGUCUCUAACUUACCCGAAAAAAAUUUGAAAAAAAAAAAUUGUAGAACUUGAUCAACGCAUAUUUGGUUUUUACAUUUAAAUAACAGGGAAGUAGCGAUACUUUCAUUUAAAUUACAUUUACCCAUUAAGUUCGAAAGUCACGAGGUUGUACAUAGUUUGUUCUUAAAAAUCACAAAAAAAUACAUAAGAUUCAUUUGGAAUCAAGUGAAAUUUUAUUGUUAUACGAAUAGUACAUUUGUAAAAAUCUAUACAAAUUUUCAGAUUUCUUUUUUUUUUAAUUUUUAAUUUUUAAUUUUUUAACUCAUAGUCUAUGAAGAUGAUCUAUAACCAAAGACCGAUAGUAAGGUCUUUUCGUAACUUUAAAAAUUAAUCUUGAUUGAAUAUUUGUUUGGACUAAAAGUGGUUGAGUUAUACAACUUCAUAAUACAGAGUGCAGCAAAAAGAACUCCCUGAUUAAGGAAACUAAUAAAAACCAAACCAAGUCAAAAUAUCAAAAAAAAAAAUUUAUUUAUAAAUUGUUCAUAAAAUGCCAUUUUAUAUUAAUCAUUUUUAAAAAUUAUAUCACUUAAGUGGCGGCCUUCAUUUUCGAUACACUGAUUGAGCCUUUCUCGGUAAUUUUCUAUGACUCUACGGGUUAUUUCGGGCGGGAUAGCAGCAAUUAUCUGGGUUAUUACCUCCUUCAGUGCUUCCAAAGUUUAUGGACGAUGUUGGUACACUUGGGCUUUUAGAUAACCCCAGAGAAAAAAAUCGCAUGGGUUCAAAUCUGGUGAAUGUGGCGGCCACCCAAUGUCACCUCACAAGGAGACAUUAUGUCCAGGAAACAUUUCUCGCAGAAUGCUAAGUGAACGACGAGCUGUAUGUGCUGUUACACCAUCUUGUCGAAACCACAAAUUUCGUUGUCCAUACUUAUGAAAAAAAUCGUUCAAUUUUGGCCGAAGAAAAUUUUCAAGCAUCUCACAAUAGCGAUUAGAGGUCACUGUUACAGUAGCCACAUUUUCUGGACCUGUUGCAGUCCGAGGUCGGCCCGUCGAUUUUCUUUUUAUUGCAGAACUUGUUUGCCUAAAAUUUGAUACCCAAUUAUGUAUGGUUUUGCUAUCGGGAACGGGAUCACGUUGAUUAAGCGCGAACCGAAUACGAAACGCACGUUAUCGGUGAACCGCCAUUAUUAAUAAAUUCCUCGAUAACAAACGCACGAUGUUCUCCCGACCAAGCCACGAUGAAUGCUAAAAAUGGCAUCGAAUCCUGAAAGACAGCUACAUUUAUAGUGAUUACAUGCUCCACCCAAACCCAAACUAAAACCUUAUACAACUACGGAGUUCUUUCUGCCGCACCUUGUAUGUGUAAAAAAAGUUAUAAAAACUUAAUUUGUAUUUCUACAAAUGUGCUAUUCUUAUAACAGUAAAAUUUCACUUGAUUCCAAGUGAAUCUUAUGUAUUUUUUGUGAUCUUUAAAAUCAAAACAGCCUAAUAUAUAGAACAAAAGUACUUAUAUAAAUACUGUGUUUGGAUUACUUAUAUUAUUUUUAUUGAUAUUCAAACUUGUAUUUCGUUUAAAUUUAAUUUUCAUAUUCGGUAUUUUUGCAGAAGACGUAAACAGAAUUUCACCGCGUCCAAAAACUACGCGGAUUAUCUACAACUCGAUAGGCUAUUGAACGCACAGACCAUGUUGAGCUCACAGAACGGUAGGGUUUCUGAGGACGAGCAUCUAUUCAUAAUUACACAUCAAGGUACCUAUCCUAUAUUUAUUGAAAUGUUUAAAACAUGAACAAAAUAAUAUGUCGUCUUGAGUGGGUUUUAUUAUUUCGGUCUUGAACGAUAUUUAGUUUUCUUCUUCAAUUUUUUUUGUAGUAAGUAACUGUAUAUAGUUUAAUGCGACCUAAUGAAUUUUCGGCCAAAUAAUAUUAUAAUAUAGGUGCAUUCAUUAUUUUUUAAUGUCAGUAGAGUCAUGCAAUUCUUCAUGGGAGCCUGGCUUAAUAACCUAACCACACAAAAAAUUAUAUUAACUGGGAAUGUUUUGCUCGUCACACGGAGAGCACAACGUUUGACAUUAAUAUACGUUUUUAGUAUUUGAAGAUACUGGCUAACCAAUACAAUAAUUGACCGACAUUUUCAUUUAUUUAUAGAUUAUAUAAUACUUUUUGUUUUAUUGAACUUCGAAAAAAACAGAGGAGGCCGGACUCUGAAAUCUAAUUUUUGGUGUCUAUUUUAUACAUACCUAAUGAUAAUAGUAUAAUACAGUUAGGUCCUGAAUGAGUCAAAUUAAGUUUAGUUAAGGUGAUACAAAUCAAUUUAAUAACGCGAAAAACUCAUUAUUUUAUUGUCUAAUCAUUUUAUCAAUUUCAGCCUACGAGUUAUGGUUCAAGCAGAUUUUGUUCGAAAUGGAUAUCGUUAGUAAAUUAUUAGCUACUAAUCUUUGGGUAAGUACCUAUUUUGACGUCGUGUAAAAAUAAUUAAUCAGAAUUCAAUCGAAUAUAUAAUAGUAUUAGAUACUGGUUUUAGUUAUUAUUUCAUAUUUGUUUUAGUUUUACAUAAUGUAUUAAUUAAUAAUUUAGACUAACGAGAUGGCAAUGUUCAACAUUUUAAAGCGUCUUGGUAGAAUAUCGUCCAUUAUCAAGGUUAGUUUGUAUAAAUACUUACAUAAACAAAUAGAAUAAAUAAUAAAUAAAUUAGAGUUUAAAAAAGCCGACAUAAGAAAGGGUUUUUCAAAAUUAAAUUUCUAACAAGCUUUUUUUAAAAUUCAUUCUCUAAGAUGGCGAAUGUGGGUUUCCGAAAAGUUCAAUUUUUUUUCUAUGAAAUUUCCGAUUUAUUUAACAAUAGUGUAUACUUAUACAGUUAAUCUGAGAUUAAUAGACUGAAAACUACUGGACCGAUUAUUAUGCGUCUUUUUGCAAAAUGAUCCACGUUGUCAGAAGCAGGUUUUUAGCUAUUGAAAUAUUUAUUUGAUCAGACCCGUAAAUAAUAUGUUAGGCGCCUAAAUGUUUUGUUUUUUAUUUAGUUUAGUUGUGUGGCAAUAGUAAAGCAUAGUCGGUCAGAUAUUUAAUAUAAAAUACGAGUGUAGUAGUUGAAAUUUGUUAUACUUGUUGACAAACAGGUGUACCAGCAGUAGCAUAUCCAAGGCGGGCUGAAGGGGCAUUAACCCUUCCCCCAUUGGCCAUGUUAAAUACAAAAAAUAAUAAUAUAAAAUGAACUAUCCAAUAGUAAAAAAUAUUAUUCAUAUAUUUAUUAUAAUAUAAAUAAAAUAAAGUGCGAGUUAUGUUGGCUUUGUAAAUUUGUUUAAAAAUCUACAAUUUUAUUCCGAUCUGGAUAAAACUUUGCGUAUUUGACAUACAAAACAAGAGGAAGAUCAGUGAUCACUAUAUACUUUUCAUCUCGAAAUUCAACCCCUAAAACGUUGCUGACAUAGUUUUUUUGUAUUUUUUAACAAAACUUUUUUGUUUAUAUGGGUUAUCUUAGCGAUAAGGAAAAACAGUUGUUAUAUUUAUUUAAUUUUUUACGGAUAAGAAAGUACCCUUUUUAAAAGAUAAAAUAUAUUAGGUACCUAGGAACAAUUACUGACUGUGAUACAGUUGAACUCGAUACCGAAAUACCGGGUGAUUCAGUUAGUUAGGUAUAACCCUAUCAGUAAUUUUAUAUACCUUAAUAUAAGUUUGUUUCUUUUAGUUAUUAAUAGAACAUUUUGAAGUCUUGGAGACGAUGAGCCAUUAUGAUUUCGCUAAAUUUCGUGAUUAUCUGAAACCAGCGUCAGGCUUCCAGAGUCUUCAAUUCCGUAUGAUCGAAAAUAAAUUUGGAUUAACUAAGGUAUAAAUUAUUUGGUGUAAAUAAAGUGGAUUAUGGGUAAACCUUUCCCUAAUCUAAUAGUAUUAUAUACGUGUAUAGCACAACCUAUGUUAAAAAUAUUAUGUUUAUGGUAGCUUCAAUAAAGAGCACUCUUAAUUUGAAUUGCAAUUAACAUCUUUAGUUAUGGAUAUAAAUUAUAAUUAUAUAUAGACACCUAGGUAGGUAUCUAUGUAUAAUAUUAUUUUUAAAAAACAUUUGUAUAAUUUAUGUACAUGUUUAUAGGAAAAUCGAGUGAAUUGUUGUAAAUCGUAUACCGAAUGUUUCAACGGCAAAAAAUCUGAUGAGUUCGAACGAACUUCGACUGAACCUAGUCUGUUUACUUUGGUUUGUCGAUGGCUUGAAUCUAUGCCAAUUUUACAAGAUAACAUCGUAUGGGAUCAAUAUCGAAAAGCUACUGAUCACUGGUUGGAAGAAUCUAUUAAGGCAAUUCUAUGAUUUAGAUGAUAAUAUGCUCACAAUUUACAUUAAAAUAUAAAAUAUAUUUAAAUAAACAUCCUUGUUAUAUUCUCUAAAAUUUACUUUUAUGAUAGUUUAUAAUAUAUGUUAACUCUGGGUCACAAAUAUUUUUAAUUAAAAAAAAAAAAAAAAAUCAAUUUCGGUACAAUACAAGCGUGUAAGACAAUGCAAUUCAUUGCCGAAAGUAAUACUAGAAUAUUGAAUUUAAAUGUUUUUUUUUAAAAAUAAUUAUUCAACUAACCUAAAAACUAAAACUUAAUAGAUUUUAUAAAUAAUUCGAUUUCAUAGUAUAAAUAGGAUUUAUAUAGGUAAUUAAUAAUUAUUUUGUGUAUACUUAUUAAAAAGACAAUAUACACAGCCGUUAUAUAUAUUAUUUAACAGUGUAAUAUGAUUAUCCGUAAUUUAAAUUUAAAAAACCAUCAAGCUUUAGAUUAGGUGAUUUAAGUGAAUAUUAAGUAUAUAUCAUUGACCUAAUAUUAAUUUCGAAAAAAUAUGAUGCGAUUUUAAAGUCAUACCUAAUUAUAAUGAACAUGGAUGCCGGAUAAAAAUGUUGCAUCUAGGCUUAAUUUUUGAAUCAUUGACAUUCCAUAUAUAGAUAUAUUUAGGUACUUAUACCUAAGUUAUAAUUUAUAGUUUAGUGCAGAUUUAGUUAAAUUUGAUGUCUUAAUUAUUUUUAUCUAAGCUUACACAGGUUUGUGAGAAUAUUACAAUACGAUUUUAUUAUAUCACGCAAGUGCUAGAUUGUGAACAUAUUUAAAUGUCACAUGUUGAUCCUUUCAUUGAUUAAACAACAUAACUAAUCCAAUACAAACAAAUAUUAAUCUAUGCACUACAGUUUUAAAUUUUCUUAUCUUUAAAAAUUAUAAUUUUUUUAUUUCAAUGAUUAUUUUAACUUCUAUAAUAGCUAAUUAGAUGAAUAUUUAUAUAUAUAUUAUUGCUGUCGUGAAAUUACAUUAUGUAACCUUAAUGGUACCUAAAUUGUUGGUUAAAAAAUGUGUCCUGGGAUGUAAAUCAUAAAUAUAUAAAUACUUGCAAUCUGCAUAUCAUAAUAACAAAAUAUGUAUUAUAUUCAGUGGUAUUCCCGUUAAUUUUUUUGAGAUUUUACUGUUACGCCCAAUUUUAUAUCUUUCUUACGGAUUAUAUUGUUUAUAAAUACCUAUCAAUUAUACAAAAAUAAAUUAAAAUUACUGAAACAAAACACUCGACAUUUUUAAAAUAAAGUACUGUACAUAUACAUAUAUGUAUUGUAAGAAAAUUGUGAAAUUUACAAUUAUACUAACUACUGAAAUAAAUACAAUUUUUAUUACUGUUUCGGUUUUACUGGCGUAAGUGGUAUGAACUAGUCAUAAUAGGAAUAUAUAUCAUGACCGAUUUUUUUUUUUUUUCUAAAUAUUUGAGAGUAUAUGUCUUACAUACCUCAUGAGAACAUCACUGAUUAUAGUAAAUUAAAUUAAACGUAUUAUUUUACUACAAAUUAAUUUAGUUUUUUUUUUAUAGACUGAUGAAUCGUAUUCGGAUAAACGUAAACUUAUGGAUACUGUAUUUAAAUGCGAACAGCACAAGUGUUUAAUGGAUCAAGGAAAUCGAAAGUUUUCCCACCGAGCGUUGAAAGGUGCCAUUAUAGUAAACGCAUAUCGAAAUGAAAAAGGAUAUGCACUAGCUAAUAGAAUUUUAGAAUCUUUGGUAGACAUUGAUACGCUGUUGUCUAAAUGGAGAUGUAAAUAUGCUAUUUAUUACCAAUACUAUUUAAAAAUAAUAUAUCGAUAAUCAAUAUAUAAAUUAUAAAGCCAUUAUUAAUUAAUAUUAUAAAUGUUAAUUUUACAAGGCAUUUUAUUCUAAAAAUGUCUGUUACACCCUAUAACGACCUAUAACGAUCUCAGAAUUCUUAAAUUAUUUGAAUUGCAAAUUUUGAAAAGUCUCGAUAUUUUUUUAAAAUUGACUUGUCAAUGUACACAUCAUAUAGAGUAAAGAUCAAUAUUUUAUCAGUAGGAAGACUCCAAAUAUCUGGUUUCAAUAACGCUGGAAACAGACAACAUUUUGAAUUAAACUUUGAAAAGGACUCAUUUCAGAAAAUUUUAACAAUCAUUUUCUCAAUAGAAUUUCCCUUCAAGAAUGUUAUUUUACUUGGUCAGGAAGUUAAAUGGUAGGGAGUGUAAUUUUUGAAAAAAAAAGCCAAAAAAAGCCAAAUGCAAAAUCAAUUGUUGAGUUACAUAAACAGUUUUAAUUUUCAGAAAAGAGCUUUUUUGAAAUGUUCAUUGUAUAACUCAUUGGUUUUUUUUUUUUUUUAAUGCUACAUAAAAAUUAUUUUAUUUGAAAUGAUAAAUCUUUGAAUUAAACAAAACUGAUUUCGAGUUAUUUUAUUUUAUACAGAUAGUCAUUUUGUUAUGGUACGGAAAAUGAUUGGCCAUAGUUCUGGAACGGGUGGCACUUCUGGCUCUGAAUAUCUAAGAUCAACAUUAAGGUAAUUACUUUAAAUUAAUUUGUUUAAAAAAAAAAACAUAUACAAUUUAUUGUGAUUAUUUAUUUAAUAUUUUGGAAUGAAGUGAUCAAUGCCUUUGACUUCAUUAAUGUACAUUCACCUAGUUAUUUAUUUAUAAUUUAUAAAGAUUUAUACUAUACUUUCAUUUCUGUGGGUUGUUUUGAUAUUAUAUCUAAUUGAUUUAAAAUGUAUUGAACAAUUUUAAUUUUAGUGACUCAUACCGAAUAUUUAUUGAUUUGAUCAAUCUACCAGCACUUAUCUUACCUGAUACAUACAUUCCACCAUUGACAGAACUAGCACGAUAAUGAAGGCGACAAAUGGUUGAUUGUGUUUGGUUAUAAUUAUAAUUUAUAAUUUUAUUGACAACGUAAAAUGUAUUGCAUAAAAAUGAAUUGUCUUUUUUUUUUAUUUGUACACUUUAGGCAAUCAGAGAUGC